AUUGCGGCAAAUUGUUCUUGUUCCAUUCGCGAAGCAAACAAUGCAUUUGUUUUAUUUUUCGCCUCCAAAUAAGUAGGAAAAGUUAUUGUCGGCAAUAAAAUAAACAAUAAAUUGAAAUAAACAAAUUAUUGCAGCGCUAGCAAAUGAAGUGCUGCGGUGUACGAGUUCAUUAAAUAUAUAUAAUUAUACUGGCACUAAUAAUUCACAACACGUUUCGUGAUUUGCGUUGGCGGUGACUGAGGCAAAGCAAAAGAUAGAAGUAAUAAUUUUUAUUUAUUUGCAUUAAAGUAAAUGGAAUGUUAUAACGAAUAUAUUAAAAUUCAAGUGCGAAAAAGAAAAACUAUGUUCAUAAACUGAAAGCCCAGUGAGUUCAGUGUCCUCUAUGCCCUUUGUGGCUAAUUUGUUUCCGUUUUGGGUAUUCUCUCUUGAUCGGUUGCGUGCUUCAGCUAUUCGGCUUGUGAAUUCUUGUUUUUACCAAUUAUACUAUCCACAUACUCGCGUGUUUUUGUUUUCUGUUUGACGAUCAUUUGCAUAUUUUAUGUAAAGUUUUAUACGUCACGCGUUUGCACGAAAUAAAGUAAAAAAAUAAAAGAAAACUCGAUAGUGGCUAUUAGCUUAUUAUUUAUACAGACUAUUCUGGAAGCAGGGCAUAGAAGUAGUCGCUGCUUACAGCGAAUUUUCCUUUCCUCACACUUGACCCUACAGAUUGAACAUAGCGCGUGAAAUAUGUGGAAGUGUCACAAAUGCGGAAAGCCAGUCUACUUCGCGGAGCGCAAACAAUCGUUAGGCUACGAUUGGCAUCCAGAGUGUUUACGAUGUGAAGAAUGCGGCAAGCGGCUGAAUCCAGGCCAACAUGCUGAGCAUAAAGGAGUGCCUUACUGUCAUGUGCCAUGCUAUGGUGCGCUCUUCGGACCGCAACUGUUCGGACAUGGCACACGUGUGGAAUCACAUAAGAGCUAUGGCGUAAAAGGAGCGCAGCGCUCUUUUAUUGGAAAUGGUGGGCCGGUUUUGCCGAGAGAUCACUUGGAAAGCAAACUAAAGGUUUACAACCAAUUUUACGACAAUAAGAGCAUGGAAAUACGAAGCCGCGAAGUAAAUAAUCGGCUAAUAAUGGAAGGUGCAUUGCGUGUUUCUUGGGGCGUACAUGGUGUGAUACAUCUCAAAGAGGACGACGAUCAGCGUACGUUGGUUGUGCGUAAGCGGAAUUCAAAGCGUGUCUCCAAAGCAGCGGAUGAUAGCCCGUCGGAUAAGGAAAACGACAUAAGCGAAUCGCUGGAAGCGCCCACAACAGCAAGUGAGGUCGAAAACAUGUCAACAGAUAUAUCGCUGUCAGAGAGCAUGACAUUCGAUUCGAGUAGUUUGAACGAGUAUCCUUUGACAGAUUUACCCACUACGCCAGAAGAAGUUUCUGCCAAUACCACUGGCGGUGCUGAUGGUGCUGCUGUGCCUUUAUUAAAUGGGACUAAUGGGCGUGCAAACGAUGAUGAUGAGUCCGUGUCCACAAGCACGCUAUGUGGCACUGAUACGACGAUCACCACAGCAUCCACAAGUUGUAUGUCGGCAACGUUGCCUUCGAAGUUGGAUAAUUUAGAGAAAUUGGAAUGGGACGAGAUCGAUGAUUUGCUACAGGUGGAGCGUCGUGUUAGCGAAAAAGAUAAAAUUUACGAAACGAUGCCAGUUAAAUUGCCAUCGUCACAAACGUCUUCCAGCGAUAGUUCACCCACAAAAACGAUUUCGGCUCAUAAUCUCACCGAAAGCACGAAUACGAACAGCGAAGUGCCAUCACCAACCUCACCAACGUCUUCUUCCACAAAUACCACCAACAAUAGUAAUAGCAAUAGUGAGAGUAGCAGCACUUCUUCCGACAAUUUCGUCACUGCAACCUCGGCGACCAUAAACACCAGCUCCACGACAGCGGAUAAUUUCGAGUCGUCCGAUGAUGCUACGCUCAAACCAAUGGAUUUCGAGGAAUUCAAACGUAGUGUUCACCUAGAUUAUGUCAGUGGUGCCAAUUCAUUUCGUGAGCCGAAUGAGGACUCACUAAAGCGCAACCAACCAAUCGAUCCGUCGCGUAUAAAUGAUUCGCUCAAGUUCUACGGCGAAAGCCCAAUGAGCAAGAGCUUCAAUUGUGAGCAUGCCUUGCGUUCCAUCGAUGCGAAUUUAAUAAACGAUACGCUACAUUUGAAGAGCGGCACUGCCAGUCCACAUUCGAUGCAACGCAUGUAUGCACUGCAAAAGAGUGGCUCCGCCUCAACUGCAACGGGUGGCAACUCCAAAAAUCUAACCACUUAUCAGCACGGACACAACCACUUCGAGAAGGGCAUAAAUCGCUCCAAGUCAGGACCGUCGUGUUUUGAUUACUCGGACAGCGACGAUGACGACUCAACGCUGAAGCCACAACAAUCGGCCACCAUGCGGCGUAGUGAUGUGCCCCAACGGUAUGUGACGAUUGAAAUGGAUUGCUAUCCGAAAGAUAACGACAAGGGUAGUGUUAGUGAGGCGGACUCCAGUCGCGCCGAUGCACCAUCGAUUACUGUGUCAAACAGUGGCAACGCCGCUGGCGAUGAGUUGACGCAAACGGAGGAGAUGUACACGGCAAGCAGGGGUAGUGAUGCGGUGCACAAUGGUGGCGCUGGUGGAGAUGAUGAUGAUGAUGAUGCGGAUCCACCGCUGCACGUAACCGAGGACGGUGUGGUCUUGCGUAGGCCGCCGCGCACAGGUGCCGCCGCCAUCAAGCGCCGCAGUGGCAACAGAAGAUCGCGCACUAAAUUGAAGCGCCGCUGUUCCAUCAACGGUCACUUUUACAAUCGUGAAACAUCGUUCUUUACACCGCCCUACGGCUCGCAGAUGUCCGUGUGGGUCACAUCGUUGGUCACCACAACGGAGGUUAUCAAUUUACUGUUGGAGAAGUAUAAGGUCGACAGCGCUGUGGAGAAUUUUUCACUCUUCAUUAUACGCGAUAAUGGCGAACAGAAGCGCUUGAAAGAGACUGAUUAUCCGUUAUUGACGCGCGUCAUGAUGGGACCGCAUGAGGAUGUGGCGCGUCUCUACCUGGUCGAUGCCAAAAAAACGGAUGAAAUUAGCAAUGAGGUGGCUCAGUUUAUAAACCUCUCACUGCCGGAAUGCCGUGCAAUUUUGGAGCGCUACGAUGAUGAGUUGGAGCGCGAAGUGGCCAAAGUUAGAGAAAGAUAUGCCGAGUUGCGUCGUCGUAUUAUCAGUCGCAUGGAAUCGCUGAAGGUGCAUCUAUAAAUGUGCUCAAGUUUUGUGUAUUUGCCUCCUUUACCCUUUUACAGUACUUUUAUUUACAUUUUGUUUCAAUUUCUAUUGAAAACGUUGUCUCAAAUAAUAUUUCACGCUCGUUGCAUACACUCUUAAACUGUGUUGCAACCGCUCAAAUAUCAUAAAAAUAAGAGAUUUACAUAACUUUAGUAUUAAAAAAGCACAUAUGCAGCAGAUAACGCAUUUAAAGUUUCAUAAUGAGCACAAAACUUAGGGUUAUUUUCGAAAGUGGAGUUUUCGAAAAAUUUUUGAAUUUCUUAAUGUUUGAAACAAAAAAUACUCGAAUAAUAUAUUUCAUAAUUUGCAGUAAUUCGAAUAUACUUGAUACUUUAAUAUUUCGAAAUUGAAAAAUAAAGAAUUCUUUUAAAAUAACAGCUUUUCGAAAAAAUCUGAAAAUGCAAAUUUCGGACAUGCUCGCAAUGAAACUUAAAAUAUACAAUUUUUCAGUGAUUGUCGAAUCUCCUAUAUUCCGAAACAAAGCACGAGUCGUAAAUUCUGAAAUUUGCAAUGAUUCGGACAUAUAGGCAUAGCUAGUGUUUCGAAAUUUAAAAUUAAAGAAUUCUUAAGAUUUCAAAUUUCCAAAAA